AUGGCCGAACGCGGAUGCGUGCCUCAGGGCCGAGGGCGCGCAGCCAGGAAACCCCGUGUGCGCCGAGAUAGACAAGGCGUCGUGGAACGGCGUCUGGGGGGACGGCUCCGCCGAGUACCCCUGGCCGCUGGUCACCGUGCAGCAGGGCAAGUGCUACCGCCUGCCUUCAUCGGCAUGAUGGGGCAGACCCAGAACUUCCUGAUCGACAUGGCCGGCCACAACAUGACCCUCAUCGCUGUCGACGGCGAGGACGUGGUGCCCGUGAACGUCACCCAGUUCAACCUCCACGCCGGCGAGCGCGCGGACGUGGUCAUCUGCGCAGAUCAGGAGCCGGGCAACUACUUGAUGACUGCGACGUAUGACUUGGCGUGUUUCUUGGAGAAGGCCCCCGCGCCGCACAUGCCCAAGGUGGAUUCCUGCAACUUCUGGGCCUUCCUCCACUACGAGGGGCAGGCGCCCCCCACGAGCAAGGCUGGCAAGAAGCUGCUCGGAGGCUACAGCCCUCCAGCCGGCACUGGCGGCGGCGAGAAGCCAGGCAAGGGCACGGGCAUCACUUGGAACACGAACGAGCGCUCGUCUUGGAGCGCUGUCAGGAACCUGGAGGUGGUCCCAGAGCCAGAGCAGGCGGACGUGACGUAUGUCCUCGACGUGGGUGUUGUGGGCCCGCAGUUUACUCCUGUCGACCCGUACGCGACGACCGACCGCAUGUACAUGUUCACGAACCACACACCCUGGAAGAAGCCGCUGACCCCGCUGUUGCACACGAGGGGACAGUGCGGGGCCGAGGGCGUCCCAUUCAUAGAGGUGCCCGAAAACGCCACCACCGUCGAGCUGAUCAUCAACAAUCUGUCCCCCACGGCUCACGUCCUCCACAUGCACGGUGCGUCUUUCUCCGUGAUCAAUUACGCCCCUUACUCGGAAUCAUGGUGCAGCGCUGGCCACUUCGAGUGCUUUUUCCUGCCGCUCUCCGUGGCGAAGACACUGGACUGCCCCGGCGCCCGGGCUGGAGACCCUGGGACCAAGUUUCCGUACGACGCCUAUUGGGGUUGCCCUUACGACGCCGAGAAAGACAGCAAAGGCCGAAUGUUGGAGGCGCCGCUGCAGAAAGACAUGAUAAGCCUCUGGCGCCGCAGCUGGGCGGUGAUCCGGUUCAAGGCGGACAAUCCCGGCGUGUGGCUUUUCCACUGCCACAUGGAGCAGCACAUCCCCACCGGGCAGGUCAUGGCGUUCAGCAUCCGGCCCCAGGAGCACCCCCCGAUCCCGCACGACGUGCCGACGGAGGGCCCGUGCCCAGUCUGGUCCAGGCCGUAG